CCUGAGUAAAUUGUGUCACCCUGUUUCUGCUCCCAGAGAUAAGUGGAGCCGCUGCCUCCCCCAAACUGUCACCUUCUAUUGUGUUCCCAGCUUUAAGCAUAUGUGACCCUUGGACCUACACAGGCUGUGAAAUCAGCUCCGGGGAGUAUGCAGUGAGUAGAGAGAAGGAAGAUAGGAGUUGCAGAGCUCUUCUGGAAGCCAUAAUUUCUACAAAGCAGACCCUCUUGUGUAACCAGCAUGUGCAGUGUCCCGCAGAGCACAGAGUGUGACUGCAGCACACAAGGACUUCAGACGUACGAAGAUGUCAAGGAAUAUUAUGGAAAAUUCCUGAAAAAUUCAAAGGAUCUGAAAACAAAUGCUUGCGUGGCUCCUUCAAGGCAGUUACCGAAACAUAUAAGAGAUGCCUUGAAAGAUGUUCAUGAAGAUGUUUCCUCACGGUACUAUGGGUGUGGGCUUGUGGUACCAGAAUGUUUGGAGACCUGCAGUAUUCUGGAUCUGGGCAGUGGAAGCGGAAGGGAUUGUUACAUGCUUAGUAAAUUGGUUGGACAGAAAGGUCAUGUGACAGGAAUAGACAUGACCGAUGAGCAGGUGGAAGUGUCAAAAAAAUACAUUGACUAUCACAUGCAAAAGUUUGGUUUCCAGCCAGCCAAUGUGGAUUUUGUGCAGGGUUACAUAGAAAAUCUCCAUGCUGUGCAGAUUAAAGACAAAUGCUAUGAUGUCAUAAUAUCAAACUGUGUGAUAAACCUUUCGCCUGAUAAGAGGGCUGUGUUGAAAGAAGCGUACAGAGUAUUAAAGGAUGGUGGUGAAAUGUACUUUAGUGAUGUUUAUUCCAACAAACCGGUUUCUGAGGAACUGAAAAAGAACAAAAUCCUGUGGGGUGAAUGUCUCAGUGGAGCAUUAUGCUGGAAGGAGCUUGUGCAGAUUUCAGAGGAGAUUGGUUUCAGCCCCCCACGGUUGGUAACCUCCAGUUUUAUCACCGUUGACAACAAGGAGCUGGAGGAGAUUCUUAGUGACUACAGCUUUGUAUCUGCCACCUACCGUCUUUUUAAACUGCCCCAGGGCAAGGCGAAGGAAAAGUGGCAAGUUAUUUACAAUGGAGGGAUCACAGGCUGUGAAGAGGAGCUGCAGUUCGAUGCAAACUUUACUUUCAAGGAAGGGGAAGUUGUAAAAGUUGAUGAGGAAUUGGGUGCGAUCCUAAAGAACUCUAGGUUUGCUGAUGAAUUUUUAUUCCGCCCAUGUGAGAAGGGAGACCUAUCCAGCAAAUGCCAACCAAAACGGGAAAUCAUUAGGGACCCUUUCCAGCUUGCCCAAAAGGCGAGGAACCAGCAUCAGGCUCCUAAUUCUGGAAGCUGCUGUGGCCCAAAAGGAUGUUGCUAGGGAUGGGUGAGUGGUUCCGAAGAUCAUUAGACGUCACCCACCAACAGAUCUUUAAGGCGCUUACUAAAUCUCUUCUGGCAUUCCUGAUUCUUACAUAGUGUAGGGGUCACUUACCUCUUUUAUAUUAAUUGGUAUUUGUAUAAUGUGUAUUGUAUAUGUGUUUGUAUGCACCCUGUUAUACAGUGUUGUGGAAUAUGUUUCAAGUCUGCUCCUUCAGUAGGGAGGCCCGAAGGUGACCCAUGAAAGCACCGAAUCUGUAGCACAUGGGGCAGUGAUUGGCUGAACGUGGCACCAUAACUGCCAUGCAGGAAUCCUAGCACUCGGCAUUCCCUAUUCUGCGACUCCCCACCCCAGACACCCAGCUAGCUUCCCUCCAGCUCCAGUCUCUAUAACCCACAACUCCCUGAACCUUCACUGACACAAUAUGGGGCAAUCUGAUUGUAACAGAAUUUAAUGAUGUAUUAGCAUAAUGUGUGAUUUAUAACAGUGUAAGUGUUAGCAUAUGAAUUGUAUCACUAAAAAAAGUAAAGAAAAUGGAAAUUAUUAUACCAUUUGCUAUUAAAUAACUAUGUUU